CGAGGAGAUAUGGAUAGUCAACUCGAUCUUAUGAUUCGAGAAUGGCUCAGACUGGACCAAAACAGCGCCACCCGCGCAGAGGUGCAGGCCCUGCUGGACCGUGGAGACACGGUCGAGCUUGAGAAGCGGAUGAGGACGCGCAUCGAGUUCGGGACCGCAGGACUCAGAGGAAAGAUGGAGGCGGGAUGGGCGCGUAUGAAUGAUCUGACCGUCAUCCAAGCGUCUCAGGGAUUGUGCGCGUACGUUCUGAAGAACGUGAAGGAUGCCGCCACGCGCGGAGUCGUUGUCGGGCAUGAUCAUCGUCACAACUCUGAACGAUGGGCUGAGCUCACGGCCACUGCGUUCAUCGCGAAAGGGAUCAAAGUGUACCUGCAUCAAGGAUUGGUUCACACACCGAUGGUUCCCUUCAGCGUGAAAUCGCUACACGCUGCUUGCGGUGUGAUGAUUACAGCUUCCCAUAACCCAAAGCAAGACAAUGGAUACAAAGUGUACUGGGAGAACGCCGUGCAGAUUAUUGCCCCUCACGACAAAGGCAUCGCCGCUGCCAUCCUCGAGAACCUCGAGCCUUGGUCAUGGGACACGGACAAGGCCGUGUCUUCCUCACUCCGCGCCGACGUUACAGCGGAAAUGCACGAAGCAUAUUUUGCAAACCUGGCAGCGCGGAGCAAAGACAAAUCGCUGAAUGCAGCGUCUUCGCUCGUCUUCGUCAACACGUCUAUGCACGGCGUUAGCCAUCCCGUCGUGACGCGCGCAUUCGACAUCUCCGGGCUGAAGCCGUUCAUUGCUGUGGAAGAGCAGAAAUUGCCUGACCCAGAGUUCUCGACGGUGCGGUUCCCCAAUCCGGAGGAGAAAGGCGCUUUGGACCUUGCCCUCAGUACGGCCGACAAACACAAGGCGAAUUAUGUGUUGGCGCAGGAUCCAGAUGCGGACAGGUUCUCCGCUGCAGAAAGAGGUGCUGAUGGUCGAUGGGUCACCUUCACGGGAGACCAACUAGGCGUCCUCUUCGCAAGCUGGACACUCGAUCAAUACAAACAGACAGGAAAACCCCUAUCGAAGCUCGCCAUGGUGGCGUCCACGGUCAGCUCGAAGAUGGUCGAAGCAAUAGCACACGCUGAGGGUUUCAAGUUCGUAGAAUGCCUCACGGGCUUCAAGUUCAUCGGGAACACAGCCUUGAAUUUGGUUGCGGAGGGCUAUGAGGUGCCAUUCGGGUACGAAGAAGCCAUCGGCUUCAUGUUUGGUGACCUUCGCGACAAGGACGGUGUGGCUGCUACACUCCAAUUUGCAGAGAUGGUGGUCUCUUUGCAUCAGCAAGGCAAAACGGCAAGCUCCCAUUUGAAAGAGCUGUACGCCAAAUACGGCUACUUCCAGACAAACAACAGUUACUUCCUCUGCUAUGACCCAUCUACCAUAGACAGGAUCUUUGCUCGGAUUCGCAACUUCGACGGCUCGGCGACUUCUGAUAAGCCAGCCUAUCCGAAGACCCUCGCAGACUUGACGAUCACAAGCGUCCGCGACCUCACCAUAGGUUACGACAGUAGCAACCCGCCAACCUACAAGCCGACGCUACCGCUGUCGUCUGGACACAUGAUUCAAUUCCGAGCUGCCAAUUCUGAUGGGUCAAGUAAGAUCGUGCUGACGACGCGGACAAGCGGCACCGAGCCAAAGAUCAAAUACUACCUUGAAGGUCAGGGCUCCAAUGUGGAAGGGGUAACGGAACUAUUGGGCCGUGUCGUGAGCGAGUUGGCGGAGAAUUGGAUGCAAGCAAGGAAGAAUAAUCUGGGUCAACCUUAAGCAUGACGCUCCCAGGUUCAAGGGCGACUUGAAGAAUUCAAUGCACCAUAGCUUACCUGUUUACUGCCGGGAUCGCACUCCCGCAUCGCAUUUGGUCCAAUAAGAUACAUACAUACAUCAUCGCAAUCCAUUGCCUUUUUCGGUGCGAGCAGCCGUCAAUCGAACACAUAGGAGGAAGCCUCGCACCAGCUCCAGUCUCGACCCCAGAGCCCAGAUCCGAGUAGCCCAGCCGCUCCAAGACUGUCCAUGGAGGAGUCAAGGACGACCCAAUCUGGGGUCGCUACGCCGGUCCGAAUAGGGAUAAGACGUGCGGCCCUCUCGAUCCCUUCAUCAUCAUCUGCUAAUACCAGCAGGGCGACAGCAGUUGCAUCGGUGGGAUGAGGAUGCAGGAAAAUGGUUGCGAGCGGCCAGCAAUCAAUCAAACGCGUUCCUGCGAGUAGGCAAUCGUCUUCCGUUCGGAACGGGGUUCUUCCCUCUUGCAACAGCUUGCCCGGAAGCUCGUCUCGAGGACUGCCGAUCACGACCAGGUUCCCGGCACCGAGAGCGCCUUUCUCUAUCCGGUCAAGGGCGGUAGAGCCUGUGACGAUGCUCGCGUCAAGCCUGUGGUAUACGUUCAGAUCGUGAGCUAGGCGUGACCCGCUUGAGGCCGCGCGCGUUGAUAGGUCAUCCGGGACAACGAUAGUAAUGGCCGCCUGCGAGCUCAGGAUCCGUUGUAUCCUGCCUGAAGGCUGACCGAGAUAGGGGGUAUCUUGCCGCGUUUCAUGAACCUUCCAUCGCCGUUCGGCAUCCAGCUGUAGAUGCACCGUUUCCGGAAGAUGACCUCUAGAGAUUGGAACGUGCAGUCCAUCGAUGACCAGUUCGGAUGUCGUGAUCUGACUAGUGUUGAAUGACAGGACAUAAACAUUGUGUGCGGACACGAGAGUCGUGUCCCCGAGAGUUUCAACGUUGAUUCUUCCCAAGCGUCCGGGUGUGCGCAAUGCCAAGAUUCUCCAGCCGUAGAGGGAUCCAGACUCCGAAGGGACGGCGACCGUGAGAGUAAAGGGCGUAGUAGGUGCUGUUGGCUUAGCGUCUUGGGAAAGCGCGUGAUCAAGGAACCGCUGGACUUCAUCGUUGGCGAGUAUGGACGGAUACCAAUGUUGCUGGCCUUGGUCCUCACGUAAGUGGACGCUUGCAUUCGCGUUCCAGGUUCGUAUCGUCGCUACUAGCUCUCGACUAUGCCACGUCGGCACGUUAUCAUCGUCACCCCCAUGCACCGCCAAGAUAGGAGUGUUCGCUAGAUUGGUCAUGAAGAGGUCGUUGUCGUCGGGCGUCAAAGACGAUUCCAAGAUAGCUUUCAGCGACGGGUCGAUGAAAUGUGCCGAACGAGAGAGAGUCAAUGGGAUGUACGCCUGGGACUUGACGUACCCUGCGGCUGGGACAGCUGCCAAUAUGCGGUCAGGGAAUCUAGCAGCGUUCCACCACGCCCCCUGCCCGCCGUUCGAAUGACCGAUCAUCACGACUUUCGUGUUAUCUGCAAUGCGCCAUGGAGCCCAACCGUCGUUCUUCUUCAAGAUCGUUGUCAAAGACUCGAGCGAGGCCCAAACAUCGUCCGAGCUUGGACCAUGCCAGUCAAGACCCCAAGAAGUCCGUCCCGAUGGUACAACGAUCCAGCUAUGCUUUUGCACAGGAAGCGAGUCUACCCAAAACGGCAUGGAGAAAAUGUCGACACCGGCGCCAUGCAAGGCGAUGAUCGGCGGCCGGGGUUGCUCUUCAUUCUUCUCCAAAGGAGAGAUGACAUAGAAAGCGGUAGGAGACGUUUCGGCGUAGAAGUACGAGGCUUUGACUUGGGAGCCGGUACCCGCAGACAGCUCCUUGACGUGCUUGAUUUCCAAAGUGACUUCAACCGUGGUAGAUUCCUUGGGGGAAGAUAUUUGCAAAGUAAUAGGUAGUUUCGACAAGUCUGAUGUGGACGUCUGAACAAUCUUCAAGGGGAGAAUCCGAGUCUGUUUGGGCGCGAUCUCGGUGGGUUUGACUAGGAGUACCUGCAAGCCUUCAAUCGGCUCCGUGAGAUGAGCCUCGCUGACGGUCCACCAACCACCGACGCUGCGCACCCCAACACCUAACGCUUCUCCGAAUGCCCAGUCGCCCAAAAAGUCGCAAACAACGUCGUGCGUCGCGUCGUGGACGAGCUCAUGCCGCGGUCUCUCGAGAUCAACAGAGAUAUUUAUGCUCAAGGUCGGGUAAGGCCUGCCGGCGGAACGCGGGUCUCCGAACAGCCGAAUCUCGUAGUCUCCGCUGAUGAAGAGGUCGUAGGUUGUAGCCUCCGUGAGAGACAGACCGGGGAGAUCCACCGAUUGAGGCGGCGCUCUUUCCAGCCCGUAUAUGUUGCCGGAAUACCACGCCGGAACGUGAUUGCGAGCUGAGGUCGGGAUGACGGUGAAGAAAGAUCCUUGGAUUAGCGAGACGAGCAAUGUAGGCGGUUCGUCGAACGUGCUCCUCCGUGUUUCCGGUGGGUAGAUUGUGAGGGUGCUCCGAAGGACUGUGUGAUGCUGGAGAGCCGCCCAUCCCUCUGUAGCGCGCAGGUUUUCCCACCGGAUAUGUGGGAAUGAGACCUGGAGGUUGCCGUCCCCGUCUGCCUUCGCCUUCGUCCACCCUACGCUACCACCGUCCGCGUACGCGGAGGGCCACGACGAGUUGUAGUCAAUAGGCUCGUAUAGUUUCAGGGGGAAAGACGGCGAGAGGUAAUGUUGUUCCCUAGCAUGAAUCGGGAAAGGACCAAGUACAUCCCAGUCUGCCGAUACCUCGACUCUCCAGUCGGUGCUCAUGAUGCCCGUUUGAAGGACGUGUUGGACGGAGUCUGGGCGCGUGGCGUGCGCCUGAAGUACCCAGAGAAUGGAGGCAAUGCAUAUUGCAAGGAGCGGUACCGAAGCGAGAGUCAUCGCGCGUCCGUUAGCACGACAGUCUAUCG